UGAUGUCUUGGCUCAGCCCACAUUUAAAACGACCUUGGAGGCCCCAAAACAAUAGUUUUUCAUCGCCACCUGGGCACCAGUUUAAUCAAGGAUACAUUCAUCAAACCCAGCAGCACUUUAACCAUCAGUUCCACAACCAGUAUAAUUCGCCUCAAAACUUUUCUCCGCGGAAUUCUUUCAGCCCGAGAUAUCAGAAUAACAGAGGUCGUCCUAGAUAUCAACAGAGGUUUAGCGGCAGUCCUCGUUCUGAAGCAAACUCAACAUCUGCAGAACUGACGGGUGGUUACCGCAGCCAACAAGGAUUUAAUCAAGACAGCGAGCGUCACAAUCCCUUCUUCCAUCCUGCAAUGAUGCAGAACCCUUGGGAAGGUCUCGAAGAAGACUUCGAUGAAGUCAGAGACGAGCUACUGGAAAGUGCUCAGGAGCUUAUUCUUACAAUUCCAAUGACAGUUUCGCAAUGGAUCCGGAAGAAACCUCGAGUUGAAGAAAUGCCUUGCGAGGAAUCGAAUGCCGAUACUGAGAAGUCUGCUAAAAGUAUAGCUAGGCUAGCUGAUACAGUUUCCCAAAUUGAAGAUCAGCUUAAAGCUCAUCAAAGUACCAUAGAAGAUAAAACUGCUGUUUCGAUCAAAGAAGAGAAUCCAGAGUCGGAGCUUUUGCUUCCAGGGGAGUUUCAAAUUUCUAUUCCAAAUGAUAUAAAUGUUAAAAUUGAAAACGAAGAAGAAAUGGAGGAAAAUGAACAAAAAAUGAUAGAAAAUGAUAAACUAGAUGGAACUGAAGUAAAUGAAAAGGAAACUUUAAGUGUAUCUAUUGAUAACUCAACUCCUCUUAAACCUGCCAUGUUUGAUCGGAGUUCUUUUAGUGAAAAUGUUUCUAAUAUCGUCCAGUCGCCGCCAGUUUUAAAUAGCCAACCGGCUACGCCGGACAGAGUAGUGAAGCCGCAGCCUCUGCAGCCUUGAUUGCGUUUUCAUUUUUGACCUGAUCUUUGUUAUGAUUAGUAUAAGUAUUGAUAUUUAUAUUUGCGUCGAGUGCGUCAAAUGCACUUUACCUUUUGAUGUUAAGUUUAUUUUUCAA